CUUGGUAGCUCACAAAUGGCUAGAACCAAGUUCGUGGCACUUAGCUUCAUUGUCCUCCUUAGCAUUGGAUUAUCUAAUGCUGCAAGGGCUUCUCGAUAUGUGAGUGCUGGGGGUGGUGGUGGAGGAGGAGGAGGAGGAGGUGGGUCAGGGGAUGGUUCCGGCUCGGGAUCCGGCUAUGGCUCUGGCUCUGGGUAUGGCCAGGCAAGUGGGUCUUCUGGUGGUGCAUAUGCUAGUGGAGGCGGUGGGGGUGGAGGGGGUGGAGGGGGGCAGAAUGGAGGAUCCGGUUACGGUUCAGGCUCUGGUUCUGGGUAUGGCCAGGCAGGUGGGUAUGGAUCUAACGGUGGAGCUUAUGCUCAAGGAGGCGGACAAGGUGGAGGUGGUGGGGGUGGACAAAAUGGUGGGUCUGGUUAUGGCUCUGGUUCCGGUUCUGGGUACGGUCAGGCCGGUGGGUAUGGACCCUACAAUGGAGGGUAUGCCCAGGGUGGUGGCCAAGGUGGAGGUGGUGGCGGUGGACAAAAUGGUGGGUCUGGAAGUGGAUCUGGUUCGGGUUCUGGCUACGGUCAAGCUGGCGGAUAUGGUCCGUAUGGUGGUGGUUAUGCUCAGGCAGGUGGGCAAGGUGGUGGUAGCGGUGGUGGCGGUGGACAAUAUGGUGGUUCUGGACAAGGUUCGGGUUCCGGUUAUGGUCAAGCUGGUGGGUAUGGACCUUAUGGUGGUGGAUAUGCUCAGGCUGGUGGUCAAGGCGGUGGCGGUGGGCAAAGUGGUCCAGGCGGAAGUGGAUAUGGAAACGGCUCAGGAAGUGGUUCUGGGUCAGCCCGAAGUGGUGGCGGGUAUCCAUAAAAGUUGAAUAUACGUGAGUACGAUUCUGAUGAUGCCACCGUAUACUUGCUAGUAACAUGGUUCGUGUAUGUGCACACAUGUUUGUGUACUUGUAUAAGUAAUAACUGGCCAUUCAUGGCUUCUGUAAUAAGACUGUGGUGUUAUGUUGUACUACUGUGCCAAUUUAUGUUGUGCAAGUGUUAAUCAGUUUGUUUGUUC